AUCAAAGGGACAACAGUCCAUCUCCUCUAUCAAUGAUGAUAACACCUGUUUGAUGUGAUUAAACCCCGUGUGAUUCCACGGCGAAACUCACUCAGGAGGCACAAUGCGAGGCAAUUACAAGCUCCCCCCUUUUGACUUCCUCCUCCCCCUCGGCUGACUCGUUUCCUUGGUAGUUGAAUAAAAAGCCACAAGUGCAUCAGCAGAGCAGUGAAAACAAGAAGAGGAAGAGGGGCUGUUAAAGAGAGAGAGAGAGAGCAGAACAAUGACAGCGAGAGCUGACCGGAGGAGGUGAACACAAAUCAGACAAUAUUUGGGGAUCAAUUUGGAGCACCUUGGAGGUAAAAGGCGUCUGGAUGAGUCACUCCUUCAUGAACCCACGUGCUGCUGAUCCGCUGCCGCCGCUGCCUCAAGAUGGCAGGAGAUGAUCAUAGAUAACCAGGGGGAAAAGUUUAAGUCUUCAAGUCUCACAUAAAAGCAAAAACUGAAAUCUUGCUCAGAAAACAUUUCUUAAAUAUCCUAUUUCAUAAAUAAACCACCAAAAUACGAACAAUGGCAUCCUAUGCUCCCGCCCCCACACAAGAGGCGCCCAAUGGUGGACCCCCAUCUGUAAAAUCUGAAGCCUCGGAUGAGUCCAUGAAGCUCAAGCAGGAGAUCUCCCUCCUGAACGGGGUCUGCCUGAUUGUAGGGAACAUGAUCGGCUCGGGGAUCUUCGUGUCACCCAAGGGCGUCCUCAUCCACAGCGCCUCCUACGGCCUCUCUCUGGUUGUGUGGACCAUCGGAGGGAUCUUCUCUGUCUUCGGGGCCCUGUGCUACGCCGAACUGGGGACCACCAUCACCAAAUCUGGGGCCUCCUACGCCUACAUCCUAGAGGCCUUCGGGCCUUUCAUGGCAUUCAUCCGCCUGUGGACGUCGUUGCUGAUCAUCGAGCCGACCAGCCAGGCCAUCAUAGCCAUCACGUUCUCCAACUACAUGGUGCAGCCCAUCUUCCCCACCUGCAUAGCUCCAUACUUGGCCAACAGGCUGCUGGCUGCUGCUUGUAUAUGUUUGCUGACCUUUGUCAACUGUGCCUAUGUAAAGUGGGGCACCAGGGUCCAGGACUUCUUCACCUACGCCAAAGUCAUCGCUCUCAUCGCGGUCAUCAUCACCGGCCUGGUGAAGAUCGGACAAGGUCACACGCAGAACUUUGAAGAUAUGUUUGAGGGUUCUUCUCAGGAUCCAGGAGCCAUCGCUCUGGCUCUGUACUCAGCUCUGUUCUCCUACUCUGGAUGGGACACCCUCAACUUUGUCACAGAGGAAAUCAAGAAUCCAGAGAGGAAUCUACCACUGGCCAUCGCUAUUUCCAUGCCGAUCGUAACAGUGAUCUACAUUCUGACCAACGUGGCCUACUACACCAUCCUCCCCAUCAAUUCGAUCUUAGACAGUGAUGCUGUCGCCGUGACGUUUGCAGACCAGGUGUUUGGUGUGAUGAACUGGACCAUUCCCUUGGCUGUGGCUCUUUCCUGCUUCGGAGGUCUCAACGCCUCCAUCCUGGCCUCCUCCAGGCUGUUCUUCGUGGGCUCCAGAGAGGGCCACCUGCCCGACUACCUGUGCAUGAUCCAUAUCCACCGCUACACCCCCGUCCCCGCCCUGCUCUUCAACGGCAUCAUGGCUCUGAUAUACCUGUGUGUGGAAGACGUCUUCAGGCUGAUCAACUACUACAGCUUCAGCUACUGGUUCUUUGUUGGUCUGUCCAUUUUGGGGCAAAUGUAUCUGCGCUGGAAGCAGCCGGACAGAAAGAGACCACUGAAGCUCAGUCUCUUCUACCCCAUCAUUUUCUGUUUACUCACCAUCUUCCUGGUCGUGGUGCCGCUCUACAGCGACACCAUCAAUUCCCUGAUCGGCAUCGGCAUUGCCCUGUCAGGGGUGCCCGUUUACUUCCUCUGCUGCUACACUCCGGCCAAUAAGAGGCCCCUGUGGCUACGGAAAAUAAUUGCCAAAUCCGGCAAGCUGAUUCAGAAGGUGUGCUACUCCGUCCUGACUGAAAUGGACGACAAGGCAGAGUAGAAGCUCGGUUUCGACGCCCUGCCGGAGACUUGAUGAGGCACAAACGUAGAAGCUGAACUCAUCCUGGCCAGUCGCUGACGCCUCUCGGGGCCUCGACCCAACGAAACAUUUGGGCUUGAGCUGAAGCCCCGGCUCUCUGAUCUGUCAAUCAUCACCCGUUAAUGAUGUCGCCCCCCCCGGGUGCUCGUUGGCAAGAUUUCACUCUAGCUGACUGAGAUUACAGAGAGAACAUUUUAAUGCACUCCUGAAGAACAGCCGUCUCCAUUACAGAGCUGUACAUUACUAGUAGAUAGAUAGAUAUUUAAUUUAUGUCAAGACAAGUAUUUUGUGUCAAAUUACAUUAUGUGUAGUACCUUUUUGAUUUUACUGCAAGGUUGUAAAUGAUCAUUAUGGUUAAACUGUUUAAGUGGACGGGAGAGUAUCAGCACUGCUGACCAUAGAAAGCUUGGUAUUAUUAUUAUUACUAAUAUUAUUUGCACAAAGGAAAUCAAGCAGUGUAAAAUUAGAGGAAAAGGAGCGUAGAGGUCUUAUACUGUCACGUGUAAGGUCUGAUGAAGUGAAGGGCUAUUUUCACACAAAUUAACUCUUUUUUUUCUGCAGCGUCUGACUCGAACGCGGUCUGUUAAAUGUUUAAAAAGUUCGAGGCAGUUGCAAACACAUAUUUAUAAUAAAAUGACUUGUUGACA